UAAGUGCUCUGUUCAGAGAGACCUCAGCAAGUCACAAGCGGGAAGGAACACAAAACUGAACUCCAGAAUCUACAAUGCUGCCAUCCUCCUGGGACCUGUGGGACAGACAAGGGGCAGUGAGAGGGAGAGAAACUGAUCCCAAGAGCAUCCAGAGUUCGUGGUCUCGAAGAUCAGACCAAGACCCAAACAAAGACAUCCCAAAAGUCCUGCAUUCUGCAGCCAGCUUUGUCCUUCGGUCCUCAACGGCGAGAAUCUCAGCUCCCACUACUCUGGCCAUCCUCCUGACUUGCCUCUUCUCUGGGGCACAUGGCCAGACCCCAGAGGCUUUCCAGGCAAGCUCCAUUCCCUUCAAGGCACUCAGCCAGGAGCAGGCUUACAGCCUGCUGCAGCCCAGCCUGUUCAAGGAUGCCAAGGCACCCAACUACUCAGAAAGUCUCCCCAAGAGCAGCGGGUCGGAGCCACCCCUGCUGCCUGUCUGUGUGAAGCCUGCAGAUAUCAGGCACAUCUUCAAGUAUAUCAACACCAUCGUGUCCUGCACCAUCUUCAUAGUAGGGAUCAUUGGGAACUCCACACUCCUGAGGAUCAUAUACAAGAACAAGUGCAUGAGGAAUGGGCCGAAUGUUCUCAUUGCUAGCUUGGCACUUGGAGACCUUCUCUACAUCCUCAUUGCUCUGCCCAUCAAUGUCUAUAAGCUCUUGGCAAAGGACUGGCCCUUCGGUGUGCAGGUGUGCAAGCUGGUCCCCUUCAUCCAGAAGGCUUCAGUGGGCAUCACAGUCCUCAGCCUUUGUGCUCUCAGCAUCGACAGGUAUCGAGCAGUGGCCUCCUGGAGUCGGAUCCAGGGCAUAGGAAUCCCCAUGUGGAAGGCGGUGGAGGUGACGCUGAUCUGGGCAGUGGCCAUUGUGCUUGCAGUCCCUGAAGCCAUAGCCUUUGACAUGGUAGAGAUCAACUACUGGGACCAAGACCUGUGGGUGUGCAUGCUUGCCUCCGAACAGAAAUCCAGCUUCAUGAUGUUCUAUCGUGACGUGAAGGACUGGUGGCUUUUCGGCUUCUACUUCUGCCUCCCCUUGGUAUGCACUGGCAUCUUCUACAGCCUCAUGUCAUGUGAAAUGCUGAGCAAGAGAAAUGGCAUGAGAAUCGCUCUGAAUGACCACAUGAAACGGCGUCGGGAGGUGGCCAAGACUGUCUUCUGCCUGGUGGUGAUCUUUGCGCUCUGCUGGCUGCCGCUCCACCUCAGCCGCAUCCUCAAAAAGACCAUCUAUGAUCAGACAGACCCCAACAGAUGUGAACUGCUCAGUUUCCUCCUCGUCAUGGAUUACUUUGGGAUCAACAUGGCCUCUCUCAACUCCUGCAUCAACCCUGUGGCUCUCUACUUUGUCAGCCGAAAAUUCAAGAACUGCUUCCAGUCCUGCCUGUGCUGCUGGUGCCAGAGACCUGCUCUGAGCAUCACACCGACAGAUGAGAAGGGCUCUGUGGGGAAGUGGAAAGCCAAUGGGCAGGAGCUUGGACUGGACCGGAGCAGCUCCCGCUUGAGCAACAAGUACAGCUCUUCCUAAAGCAGAGAGGAGAAGGCACUGUGACAAGAUGGUAGGACACCUCAGAUUCCCUUGCACAGCUAUUUCCUGGCUGGGCUCAAAUUGUUUUUGCCUUCAUAUUAUAACCCACCUGGGUAAGAGCUAUAGCAUUUCACUGACCUCAGGACUAGCUCUGAACACAGCCUCAGGGCUUUGCUUGUCCAUCCUCCAGUCCAAGUCACCUCUGCAGGAGGAAGAAGAACGGGACCCAGCCCCUGUAGGACUUUUCUGUUCCUUGAAGGUCAUUUGUCUUGAGUAGAAACACAGGGUGAGGAGAUUGGAAAGAAAAGUAAAGUUGAGAUGUGGUCAUGUGAAGAUGGAUGUGGGACACGGAGGAAAGGGCAAGUAACCCAAGCAACAAUUUCCAGCUGAAAAAGCAAAGCAUUGUCCCUUAUGAUCUCCCUCUGCUGGAACAGUUUGUCCCUGGGCAGAGCACCAUGAUAAGACCCAGGUAUCACGUAGGUUUUCUAGACAAUCAGUGACCUGAAAUCUCCCUCAGCUCUGGUAUUGAGGGGUGGGCAGCAACCCAGCAUCACAGUGCAAUCAACCUGACCUGGGAAGCCCUGAAAGACCUCUCCUCUUUACCUGUUCCCAGGAAAUUUGUUCCAGGCUCUCCACUCAGGGAUGGCAUUCACCCUGCCUAUGUAUGGCACAAGAAGGUGACUGAAUGCAUGAGACAGCACAGCUUAGGAGUCCAGGUGUCCUCAGCAGAAGCCGGUGGCAGCAUCCAGCCAAACCACCUGCUUCAAAUUCCUCCUCCCCAGUUUCUGGAAGCCCAGCACUUCUUGGGCACGGCUCUGUGACACCAAGGUUCAGGCUAUUUGUAAGGAGGAUGCAGAUUCUGUUCCUCAGGGUCAAGCUAAGGUGGAAAAUACAAUGGGGAAGACCUGAUCUCAGCUGAAGUUGCUGUUGAAACUAACCAGAAUAUGGCAAAGAGCCCUCGCAAACUUACAAUUUAAAGUGAUUAGACCCCAAAUGCCUUCUCCAGCAUGACUUUCUAAAAAUCACGCUUGCACCCCCUGCCAAAACCUCAAGAAAAUCUGUAAGAGAUUGUUUCAUUUACCAGACUUUUUAUAAUUUUCCUGUUGUAUUUUUCUUCUCUCUUAUAUCCCUUUUUCCUUUCCUCUUUCUCCUUUUCACCUUGUCAUGGAGAAAAAAAAAAAAAAAAAAAAGGAAAAAAAGAAAAAGGGAGAAAAAAACUUGUAAAUAAAGCUGAACUCAUUCCAUGUGACAUUGUAUUUCAGUGAAAGCUAAGCUAAAAACAAAUAUUUUACAAACAAAUCAUAUUUUUGAAAGACAAUUAGGUUUCAAAUCUAAACAGAAGGACUGAGGGAUAUCUAGACCAGUAAGUUUUCCAUAACCUUACCUACCCACUAGAGUAGAUUGGCCUGUAUGCAUUUCACAGUGUUGCUGCUGUGCUCUGCCUCUGAGCUGGCAUUUUGUUGGAAGACAAAGUCAUUGGAGAAAAUUGAUAGCAAUGAAAUGUUCCAUCUUAGUAGAAGGAUUUUUUUUAAAUAAUUGUGCUCAUUAGAAAAAUAGUUAUCUGAAUUUUACAUAUUUCUGUGAAGAGUCAACCUUUAUCACGUUGAAACAAGCAUUCAAAGGUCCUCUUCCAUUCAGGACAGCCCCAGCUGUGUCAGCCUGGCUUCCUCCAGCUCUAUCCAAAUCAGCAAUAGGAACAGCCCUGCCACCAGCAAUGAUUGUUCUCUUACCUGCACACUGCAUGGAGACUAGCAGAUUUAAACACACUGUUCCCAUUCAGCUCAGUGAAGACCGAAGCAUCUGAAUGAUUCCCCAGCAGUGACCUUUGGUAAUAGCAUAAGGAGCAGUGCCCCAAAUGUUCAAGAUCUGUGAUUCUCUCCUAAGGACAGCCAGGCCCUGUUCAUACUCACAGUACAGACAGCAAUUACAUCCACACAGGGGAAUCUUUUUACUUUGCCUAACCUCCCGGACCCCAAAUAGCUAACAUCCCUCUUUAUGCUCCACAGCAAAUUUAAUCAUUUCUGCAUUAGCAGCUACUCUCAGAUCAACAUUUUCACCUUAAAUGGUUCAAAACCAGUCUCAGAUCUGCACAUGAUUAAUAUUACAACAAACAGACUGCCAUGAAUUCAUCCCAGCUCUGGACGUUGGUACCACUUGCUGCACAGCUGCUUAACACUGACUACAGACUCCUUGCCUUUCUUUCCCCUUGUGUUUUCCUCCCAAGUGUCUCCUAUUAAAACCAACAUCGUAAAAUUUGACUAAGUGUGAGAGGGCAGAGAGAGAAGAGAGCUAUCAGCUGCAAACAGCAUCCUUUUAAAACUCUUACACUGCAGUGGUAUUCACUUGGCCACUUCUCAAAGGUCUCUAUUAGGCUGCAACCAAGACCAUGUCAAACACAAAGAUAAAGCAAGGAACACCAGUAAACAAGUGCCCGUGCAGCUUAGCUGCUCAUGGAACUGCAAGUGCAAAAACAGCUCCCACCUUUCAAGAUCUUUUUAAAGUUACUCUCCAUGCUGCUGGGGCUUAGCAGUCACAGGACUGAGCCCAGGUGUAUCAGUCAGGUUCAUAUUUAUUCACCCCUUUUCCCUUCAGCCAAGCCAGACAGGAUCAGACAAAAUCAAAGCCACCACAGCCACUUGUAAAGAUGCAGGAACCCAUUGGCAUGGGCAAGAUGAAUCCAUUGCAGCAAACUGAAGCAAAAGAGCCUUAUAAUGAAAUGCAGGGUUCAGAUGGCUUCAGGACCUAAUGCCUGUGAACACAAACCCACUGCCAGUCUGCCAGAAACCAACUCUGUCAAUUUGUAUUUGAAAGAACAAUUUUAUUGAGAAAACCUGACAUUUACAUCCUCUUAUUCCUCUGUAUGUUAAUAAAACAUGUUGGUGUUUGAAA